GCUGUCCUAGACCCUUCCUCUCAGACCCCACAGCUACCCUCUCCUGAGCCAGGCAACCACCAGCCCUUCCAGGGCGACAGCCCAGCCUGGUCUCCUGGCCCCCACCAGUCCCCAUUGGUCCCAUCUCAGUUCUCCCAGGCCCCUCCCGUGUCCCUUUCCCAGCCUGGCAUAGGUGUGUGGGCAGGGAGGGGUGGCUGCUACAUGCCACGCCACCACCCUCUUAGGUGGCACAGAGCCCUGCCCAGCCCCACCAGGCCAUGCCAAUGACCGCUCCCUGCCCUCUGUCGCCUGCCAAGUCCUGCAGCCAGGCACAGCCUGUUCUCUGAGCCUCUGCUGUGGGUUGUAUUUUGGUGGUUUCUUCUCGGUAGAUCCCACCCUUCCACCUCUCUUCCGGGAGCAGCAGGAAAAUCCCGGAACUGGAGCCGCUGGGAGCCUUUCCCAGGCUGGUGACGGGCUGCCCUGUCUCCUGGGCCCAGGCUCCACCUGGGUAAAUGGAGAUGCCAGCGUGGGCUCCCCAGCUGCCCCCAGGCACUGGCCUCACAUGUCCCUGCACAGAACCGUCAAAAUCACACCUGUGACAGGAAGCUGCUCCACACUCCCCUGGACAAGACAGUGGCAAUGCUGAUGUUCGAUGCUAAUAAUAGGAGGAGCAGGGGGGGCUAUGGGAACUGUUUACACUAAUGGCACAGUUUUCCUGGAAACCUAAUGCUUUUUUUAGCUCUUGUUCAAGAUACAUGUCAUGACUCAGCUGAGAAGGACUGAAGAGGUAAGACCGUGAUCCAGAGCUCAGCCCCAGACCUGGUCCGGACGAGACGAGGGCCUCAUCUGCUGCUUUUUACAGGAUACUGCCCUGGAACUUGAGUCGGGGACCUGCUGGUAGGAAGAAAACACGACCAGCGGAGUCGCACUUCUCUGUUCUCUGGAUUUUGUCUGACCUCGGGCAGUCUGGAGAUUGGAAGGAGCCCUACCCAUCGGAGCCUUUCUCUAUACGACAAGACAGUAUACAACUGGGAGUCCAGAGAGCAGCCCCGACCAGGGGCAGAGCUGGGGUUUUAAAAGCUGAAACCACAUCCUGAUAGACAACCGUGCAGGGCAAGCAACAACAUGCCCUCCAUGUUUGAGAAAAUUACCAAGAAAUUGGUCAAAGAGCUCGGAGACCGACAGCUCAGACCUGUCAAAUGCUUGGUGAGUGCCACCAGGAUACACCGGUUUUCUCUAAUACAGAGGAAGAAGGCUCACUCUCGGUUUUGGCAACUACCUGAGGAACCCCUUGAUGUCUCCCUCAUGCACAUCCUGGAACCAGGUUCUUCGGUCCCAGACGCUGCUGUGGAAGAGUCUCCCGUCUUCGCUUACACUGUGGUCAGGAAGCAGCAGGCGGCUGGGAGCGUGAAUGCUGGGGCAGAAGUGGGCAUCUCAGGGGAGAUGGCUGUGUGCCAAGAGUCCUCCCUCCAGUACCGGAUUGUUAGCACCCCGCACGAAGCCUGGGCAGAGCUUCAGAAGGGGAAACUGCCGGACUCAGAGCCGGCCUUCCUGAAGCAGUGCCGGGAAGCAGGGGUGAACCUGUAUGUUGUGACCGACACCGUGGAGCUGCUCAACAGCCCCGUGCUGCAGGAUUUAAGCAGCAAGAAGAUCUCAGGGAAAUUCUCCAACCCUCUGGAUAUUUGGGUGAAGGGUAAAGCAGAGGCAGAGGGUACCGAAAAGAGAGAGAAGCAGCUGACGGUGCCGCAGGGCUCCGUGCUGGCCUAUAGGAGGAAACUGCUGGUGUUCCGCAGCAGAGGCUGGGACAUUCUUCACACCGCAGACGAUGGUGAUCAGAAAACCUUUCCAGUAGGCUUCAGGUACAUGGCAGAUGGUGAAGAGCAAGGCGUUUCAGUAUGCCACAUGAUACCUCGAAAGGAUUUCAGGCUGCUACAAGUGGAGGUUUCCCAGAAGGUAAAAGCGGCCAAGCUCUCCAAGGACAUGCAGAAUGUUGUGUUCUCCAACCUCCUGGCCAUGCUUAGGGACCAUGAGGCUCUUCAGGACCUCAUGGACAAGCUUGAACAGGAACCCUUCGGUCAUUUGGACGGCCCUGGUGGCACCAUCCUGACCGAACUGCGAAAGGACUCCUGCUAUCCAGAGGUUGGCUCAAAGUGCCUCCUCCUUUACCUGCUUGAAGCCUUAAUGGUGCUGAGUGACAUCCAACAUGAUCUGCUGGCUCAGUCCAUGGAGAGGAGGAUCCUCCUUCCGCAGAGGGACCUGGUGGGGAGCAUCCUGGAGUCCAACUUCAACUGCUUCCAGAACAUUCCCUUUACCCUCCGGCCUGAGCUCCUCGCCCAACUCCAGGAGGAGGGCUUGGUCAUUACCUAUGAGCUGCUGGAUGAGUGUGGCCUGGAGAUGGAGCCGAACAGCCCCAGGUCAACCUGGGACCCGAAAGCAGAAGCCACGAAGAGCCUGAAUGUCGCUCAGUGA